GCGGCCGCUGGUUGCAAAACCAAACAUUAAACCAUCAUCGCCGUUGUUUUCUGUCUUUCCUACAUCUUUUCUUUCCGUUCUAUUUCUCAUUCCCCGCCCUUUUUCGUUCCCCUGUCUUUUUAUUCUUUUCUCCUUUUCCUUCCUGGUGCUGGGUCACCCUAAUUCUGCAAACGUGCUCACUUCAUAACAUAUCCUUCCUCAUGCAGCCCGCCAUCUCUCCUAAACCCAUCCCCGCCAUCUCCAUCUCUCUCGCCCCCCCUCAGGACCCAAUAGUCGAACCUUUCUCUCCUUUUCAAUUUGCAAAAGCAGACCAAGAUGAUGGCUAUAGGCCUCAGCAUCUCACGCCUCCCCCAACAUCCGCUGACACAAGGUUUCCCAGGCAGUCGUCUCCCCUUCGUCCUCAGGAUUGUCAGCCCAGUGGAAAGGGUCUUGAAAGUGGACGUUUCAACGAUAUGUUGAAAGCAACUCGCGAAAGGCAGUCUGUGAUCGGCACGAGGAAAGUGCCUGACCUGCGUAAAGAACUUGCUAUUAAGAACCACAGGAGCAAGCAAGUCGAACGCCGUGCUCUUUUCCUCUCAAAGAUCCAGGCCCCUCCAUCGCCGACAGCAGUCUACACUCCCAAGACUCCUCCCGAAUCUCCCUCCCUUCUCCACUACACAAUGCCAUCCCCUGGGCUCAGCUCGCCUCUCUCAUUAUUCGAGUGUGCUACGGAAGAUAAUCAGUGUUUGAGUGGUGAAUACCAGCAAUUACAUGAUGCGUGGGUUGAACAAGUAGACUUCCGUUUGCCUAGAGAUGCUCAAUCCAAAUCGGCUUUGAAAACCAGGACAAACAAGUCAACUGUGGUUCAAACCAAAUCCACGAAAUCUGCUGCACGCCUUCCUUCUCUGGACUACAUCACGGCCCGUAUGGGCAUCCGCGGUGUUAUCCAAAACCCCGUAUCUAAAGUAGAUGAGCCUCUGCGUUCAUCUCGGUUACCUGCUUUCCUGCAGUCUAGAGCUGCCCCAGAAGUUACGCAUGGGAACCAGGACGCGAGGCCCCAGCUCUCUGUUGGUAGGCUGCAUAUGCCGCUUAGGACUCCGUCCCCGAUUAUUGGAAAGAACAUUGCUGAUGCUAAACCAUCGGUGCCCCCACCCGCUUCGCCAAGGGCGCCUUUGACGCCUAAACUCGAGGUCACUACUAUGGUAGUUCCCCGUACUUGUAAUUCGUCGCCUGUUGCUCUCUCUGAGACUAACCUUCACGCCUUUGGUCGCGCAUACGCCGCGAGAGACAUGCUAUCUACUAUCAGGCGUCGUUCUCCGCCCCCAUGCGGAGAGAUGGACAGGAAUGACGAGGAAGAACGGAAAGUCAGGAGACAUAGCUCUCCUGCCGAACUUCCAAAGAGGACACGGUUAGGAUUCGAACACGCGGUGCUCGCAUUACCUGGAGGCUUUUGAAGCAGUCUUGUUUCCUGGGCCUCUUACUCUUUUCCUUUUGGUUGUGACUUUGACGAUUUCACUGGUGGAAUUGUCACAUCUUGACUUAUUAUUUUUCUUUUUGACUUUUGGCUUCUUGUCUUUUUCCUAAUCCUUUUUCUUUCGUUCUGCUGAUAUAUUUGCCUUGGACUUUUUUCUUGAAAAAGGCACAUAUUACUCCUAGGACCGCAGUCUUAUGCAUGACACUCUUUUAAACACACAACCUAUCUUUUAAUACCGUCUUUCCUUGAGCAGACAAUGUAGCACAAAGUCAAAACUCGCAUAUGCGAGAAAUAAGUCCACGAUCGAUAUCUCC